AUGUCCGAUAUCAAGACCGACGUCGAAAUGCUCCGAUUGAGCUACAACGACAUUCACACUGCCAUCCAGAAGGCUGCCGUCCAGAUCCAAGCCGAGUUUGCCCCCAACCUCUUCAUCGCUAUUGGUGGUGGUGGUUUCAUUCCCGCCCGAAUGCUCCGAACACACUGCAAGAAGGAUGUUGAUGGCAAGAAGAGGAAUAUCCCUAUCCAGGCCGUCGGACUUGUCUUGUACGAGGACAUGGGUGGUGUCGAAGAGAAGGUCGGCACUGAGGUCGUCCGAACCCAAUGGCUCGACUUUUCCACUCUCGGUCAGAACUUUACACAAGGUGGUCUCCUCGGUAGACAUAUCCUCAUCGUCGACGAGGUCGACGACACCAGAACCACCCUCAUGUACACCGUCAAGGAGCUCCAGAUCGACAUCAACAAGCAGCUCGAGCUCGUCGAGAACGUUCAGGAGCGGGAGAGACUGAGAGCUCAGACCAAGCUUGGUAUCUUUGUCGUUCACAACAAAUUGAAGCCCAAGGCCGGUCAGCUCCCCGAAGGCGUCGUCUACUUUUCCGCCGUCGACACCCCCGACGUCUGGCUCGCCUACCCCUGGGAAUGUGAUGGUGACAUUUACGCACACGAUGCGCUCCGGGUGCACAACCCCAACAUCUAA